UUUUCUUAAUUUCAUUUCCAAUUUUCUUAUUCUCUCUACUGAGCAUCUUUCUUUCUCCCACGAGAACUCAUCUGCAUCAAUUUCAAGAAGAUUGCAGUACAACAGGCGUUCGAAUGGCCGAUGACGAUGACGAUGAGAUGAAGACUGGGGAAUGCAAAAUCACCGAUCUUUCGUGUAUUCGUCUCCACCAUUCUCAAAACCACACCGUUUUUUCUCAACCACUGUCCGAAACCACCGUCAAGAACGAACAGCCUCUUCCUCCGACCGGCGACGAAGCACCUAUUUUGCCGGAAGAAGUCCUCUUCGACAUCCUUCUGAGGCUUCCGGUGAGAUCCCUUCUCCAAUUAAAGCUCGUUUGCAAAUCAUGGAAAACCCUAAUUUCUAAUUCACAAUUCACAAAGACCCACCUUCUCACCUCAUCAACAGCUUAUCCACAAUUGUUCUCUGGAGACGACCGUGAAAUAGUAUGUUAUGCUGUGAAGCCAUUGUUGGAAAAUCCAUCAACCCUUGUUCAACCCGUUACUAUAGGCAUGACGCACAGAUACGGUAUUCUAGGUUCGUGCAAUGGGUUACUUUGUUUGUAUGAUGAUUCUCAAUCUAAUUUCAGAUUGUGGAAUCCUUUGAUCAACUUGAAAUCGGAUACAUUUCCAAUUGUUGCUUCUUUUGAUAAAAAGCUUGUUACAUAUCAUGGUUUUGGCUAUGAUCAAGUCAAUGACAAGUACAAGUUGCUACUUUUUGUACACAAUCAGGAUGAUUUUACUGAAAGAAUUACCAGAAUUUAUACCUUUGGUGAAAAUUCUUGGACAACACUUCAAAAUUUCCCGAGUUAUCCUAGUAUGUGGUCAGGGAAGUUUGUGAGUGGCACUUUGAAUUGGAUAGUUAGUAAAAAUGCUGUUAAUUCCAAUCAACGGGUGAUUCUUUCGGUUGAUCUUGAGAAAGAGACUUAUGGGGAACUGUUGCUUCCUCAACAUGAUGGUUACCGUGUUUGCGAUCCUAUCAUGUAUGUUUUGAGUAACUGUCUUUGUGUGUGUUCUGAUAAUCACUCGGAAACUCAUUUGGCUGUGUGGAUAAUGAAAGAGUAUGGAGUUGCUGAGUCAUGGACUAUAUUGACAAUCAUCUCUCAUGAGAAGUUAUUCUGGGGUCGUCCAAGGCACCCUAUUGUUGAGCCCUUGUUCGUUUCAAAAGACGGAGUUCUUCUACUGAGAACCAUGCGUUCCAAACUUGUCCUGUGUAACUUAAAUAAUGGAGGGGUUGAUUAUCCUAGGACUUCAGACAUACUUGGGACUGGGAGGGAGCUGCAUAUAUACUACGAGAGUCUGGUAUCACCAUUUUAGGCAUACUUGGGCGGGAGAUGCAUAUUUAUCACGAGAGGUGCUAUCAUUGCAAUGAUAAAUCACAUUUCUGGAUUGUUGGUUGAAUUAAAGUCACUAAUUUGUAGGAUUAAAUUAAUGUUUGUUGUGAUCUGCUUUUUAUUUUACUCAGGAAGUAUUAUUAUGUAUGGUGUGAGAAACUUGAAUGAUAUUACUAGUUAUGCUUUUACUUGCAAAAACAAAGGAUUCACAAUUUUAAUCUACAUUUGCAAGUCAUUUGUUUGUUAGAAAAA